UUUUUCUGUUUUUGGUCCUUCGAGCCAAAUGUAUUUUGUUAGUGUUUUGGAGUGAUGUUUUUUGGAUUUUCAUCUGAAAAACUGAUAGAAAUACAGCAUUUCUCGAGAUUGAUCGUCUGCAAUCACCAUAUUCCGAAGCUGCUGCAUGCAUGAGAUAGAUUCAUAGAAGAUUAUCUUGUCCAAUAUCCAAAGAUGGACGAUCUUGGACCAGAAGUAACCUUUAUGUUUCAAUUUGGAUUCAUCAGAGAUGCAGUGACUGUUCCUCAGUCUACCUUAAACUUGAAGACCAUCAAGGAUUUGGCUUGCGAAUUUCUUAACUCUAAGGUUCCUGAUCAUGGAAUUAAUCGAUUAGAAGAUAGACUAUUACUAUUUAAACAUGAAUAUAAUUCGAACAAUAUAUUGCAAUUUAUUAAUUCCGCCUCGGAUAUUGUUGAUGAGACUCUUAUCGAAAUUGUUUUAACCGCCAAAGUUCCAAACGUACAACAUUCUGAUGUGGCUAUAGUUAGACCGCAUGCCUUGUCAGUGCACUCCUACAAAACCCCAACUUUUUGUGAUUUUUGUGGCGAAAUGCUUUUCGGAUUAGUGAGACAGGGGUUAAAAUGUGAUGGUUGUGGUCAAAACUAUCACAAACGAUGUGUAGUUAAGGUACCCAAUAAUUGUUCUUAUGCUCUCUACGAUAAUACGAAGUCAGAAAGGAGACGUUCAGCGAAUCUACAAGUACCCAGAAGUCCUUCAGGUGGCAGCAAUACAUCGUUAGUUUCGGGCAAUUCCACGCAGACUGAAGACAGCGGCUUGAACUCGCAACAAGUCCACAAUCGUUCACCUUCCCUUGGUCGUCCCACUUGGCUGGACCGAGAUCCUUCUUCUAGAAUGAUCCGAAUCCCACAUACAUUCGUCAUUCAUUCGUACACAAGACCCACUGUGUGCCAACACUGCAAAAAACUUCUAAAGGGAUUGUUCAAGCAAGGCUUGCAAUGUAAAGAUUGCAAUUAUAAUGCUCACAAGAAGUGCUUGGAAAAGGUGCCCAAGGAUUGUACAGGAGAACUACCAAGAGAUUCUGCAGGAGUUCAUUUCGAGUAUGCAGAAAGUUCAUGUAGUGACAGUCAAACAAAUCUCACCUUAGCGGAUGAUGAGGAUAAAAGUAGUUGUUACAGUCAAGAAAAUGGUAGCAAUAAGUUUAUUGAAGUAAUACCUGUGCAUGAUGAUGAUAAUGAUUACUCCCCCUCGACGUGCAGUAGUGCGUCGUCGCCAAGUGCCAACAUUCCUCUUCAACGAAUAGUACAAUCUGUCAAACACACAAAAAGACGAGGCUCCAAGGUGAUCAAAGAAGGCUGGCUGGUGCAUUUUACCAAUAAAGAUAAGACUGUCCGAAGACAUUUUUGGCGCCUCGACACGAAAUCCAUUGUUUUAUUCCAAACCGAAACAAGCACAAAAUACUACAAAGAAAUACCCCUUUCAGACAUUCUUACGAUAGACACAGCACGGACAAAACAAGCCGACGCGAUGCAUUGUUUUGAAAUUCGUACAGCAAACAUCGACUAUUUCGUCGGACAGGAUCCGUUGUAUGAUUUACAAGACGGUAACGGCGUAAAUUUGCCACCGCCUGACAGUGGUGUGGGAGCGUAUUUGGCUAAAAGUUGGGAAACUACCAUUAGGCAGGCAAUGUUGCCAGUUACUGCUAAUUCCGGAAAACCAGAAGAAGUUUCCACACAGAGUGAAGAGCAAAUAACUGAUAUGAGUCAAAUUUAUCAAAUAUAUCCUGAUGAAGUUUUAGGGUCCGGACAGUUUGGUAUUGUGUAUGGAGGUGUUCAUAGGAGAACUGGACGUUCAGUUGCUAUUAAAGUUAUCGACAAACUCAGAUUUCCAACGAAACAAGAGGCCCAAUUGAAAAACGAAGUGGCCAUUUUACAAAAUCUAUCCCAUCCUGGCGUAGUUAAUUUAGAAAGAAUGUUCGAAACGCCAGAACGAAUUUUUGUCGUAAUGGAAAAGCUUAAAGGUGACAUGCUGGAAAUGAUUCUGUCCCACGAAAAGGGACGGCUUAAUGAGAGAGUGACAAAGUUUUUAAUUACUCAGAUAUUAGUAGCGCUGAAGCACCUACACAGUAAAAACAUCGUCCAUUGUGACUUGAAACCAGAAAACGUACUAUUAAACUCUGACGCAGAGUUUCCGCAAGUGAAACUGUGCGACUUUGGUUUCGCCAGAAUUAUCGGUGAAAAAUCGUUCAGAAGAUCUGUGGUCGGUACUCCAGCAUAUUUAGCUCCAGAAGUAUUGAGAAACAAAGGUUAUAAUCGUUCCUUGGACAUGUGGAGUGUGGGCGUUAUAGUUUAUGUUAGUCUAAGUGGCACUUUUCCGUUUAACGAAGAUGAGGAUAUCAACGAUCAAAUACAGAAUGCCGCAUUUAUGUAUCCACCAAAUCCUUGGAAAGAAAUUUCUUCAGAUGCAAUCGAUUUAAUAAAUAACCUUUUGCAAGUCAAACAAAGAAAAAGGUACACCGUAGAUAAAUCCCUUCAACAUGUUUGGCUACAGGAUUACCAUACAUGGGGCGACUUGAGAUCCUUAGAAAAUCAAAUGAACGUACGAUAUCUUACCCACGAAUCUGAUGAUGCGAGAUGGGAAAAGUAUAGGACAGAACAAUGACGAGACAAAAACUGGCUGCACAAUGUCAAACGGUGCUUGAUCGGCAUUAAAUCUUGAUUGUAGGUUUGAGUGCAGCGAAGAGAUAUUAGAUUAUUUAUUUUAAUGAGCAUGUAAGCCGAUAAAAUCGAGACAAGAGUUAUAAUUUAUCAGAAUAAGUUUUACAUGCAAGUAGAAUAUUAUACUUUUUCUACGACUAUUUCAAAAUAAACUGUUUGGUUUCUACUUUGAUAGUUUAAAAGUAUGGUCAAGUCGCUUUAUCGCCUUGAAACAAAAAUGUUGCUGACAAAAACGUACUAAAAUAAAAUCUUAAAACUAAAGCUAGAACCUUAUCAAGUUAAAACAGAGUAUCAAAGAACAAAAAACAGAAAAAAAUGCGUCUUGAUACACAGUAACAGGGUGGCCGGGUGGCCCAAAUUCGAGGCACAUCAUUGGGAUCUCGGUAACCGUAAGAGAUACGGGGUCGGUUAAAUUACGGCAAAGUUGCGCAAUUUUAUAACCAAAAGAAUGCCGUUUUGAAACUAGAAAGAUUCCGAAUACUUCCAGAGAUAUUCGGAAAAAACCAAAAUUUUGUAAAAUCGUUUUUAUUUUUUCCCGGGCUUAUUUAAGAAGCAAUUUCAAAAUAAAUGUCACUUUUUCCCCUUUAGAAGAUUGUGUUACUAAAUUUAAAAUUCGACGUUUCGUCUUCAGGCGGCCAAUUACUGUAUAUUGACAAAUAAAUCGAAAUGAAAUUUGCGUUAUUACACUAUGAGCGUUGACAUCAUAGAAUGUUGACAUAAUCUGUGGUUGACAUCUAGUUGUUGACAGGCCGUAUAGCAGGUUGACAUUAAUACCGGGGACCAGCCGAUCAGUGGCGUGGGGAUUAGGGAAUUUUGUUACACAAUCCGAAAAUUUAUACUAGCGAAAACAUGUUACAAUAAAUGUUGCAACUAUAAUUUAUUUCAACUAACUGACUAUCCUAGGAAAAUACAUAUACAUACCUACCUAUUUAUAAUAAGCUGAAAAGCAGAAUAAGCAUUUUAAAGGAGGACUCAGCAAAUAGACAUGAUAUAACUCAUGUAUGAUAAAUUUCAUUAAAAUAUUUAAAGAGGUGUUACAGAUAUUAUUAAUAAAUAAUUUAUGUCUGAAAUAUUUAUCAUCCUGUAUCUCAAAAGUUAAGACGUUUAGGACAUAAUGUUCAUAUGAAGUUUUCUUUUUAAAAUGGAUUCAAAAAUCGCCUCCUUAAAUAUUGAUAAUUAGAAAACACCCUGUAUACAGAUUCUAAUAAUUAGCAGAGUUCAGAUGAAUGAAGAAAUGGCUACUAUUACUAAAUCGUAUAUUAGGCGUUGAUUUACAUUUAAUAGUCGUAGAAAAAAUAUAAUAUCACACCCCUGAUCGCCGAGAACAAAAAAGCAGGCCCGGCUGUGAUUUUUCGUUUUUUUUUUUUUGUCUCCUUCCGCCACCAGAGGUUCGUAAAUGAUGUAGUUAGUGUGAGUACGAGCAAAAAUAUUUCUUUGUAAAAUAUCUUUUGUAUUUUAAUAUUAAAUUGCUUACCAAAUUUUGUAUCAGAGCUUGAUUUUCCUUAAAAUUAGAACGGCGUGGUACUCAAAUUUCAGUUAGAUAAUUUGUUAUGUGAGAGAAGAUUUUAAAUUUUGCUUAUAACUAAAUUUUAAAAAAAUACAUAUUAUAAGCUUUGAUAUUAGGUUUAUAAAAUAAGAGUGAUUGCUAUUUUGAAAAAAAAAAAAAGUUCAAAUUCACUAUACUUCUACUCGUUUAUUUGAUGUAACGAAAACUUUGAAAAGCAAUAUACAAAAUAAAUUACAAAUUAUUAUCAGUAUACGAAUAAAAACAUCGAAUUUACAGAAGCAAUAGAUAUUUUAGUCUCAUAAGCUGCUUUUUUCAAAAUAGCUUCCCAAUGCGCAUGUAUGGGAAAACUUUGUCAAUUUGUUCGUGAAGUUUUUAAUUCAGUUUGUUUUGACAUUAGUGGUACUUAGUUUUGCAAAAACAAAUAUUAUUUAUUACCUUUUAUAUUGUUAGAGAUUUUUUUAUAUUUUUUUAUUAUAUUUUAGAGCUUUAUUUUUGUAUUUUUAGUUUAGAUCUAAGAUGAAAUCUGCUUAAGUUGACUUUGUAAACCUUAUUUUUAAUACUCAUUUUGCACUUUUGCAAACUUUUUUCAAUAAUUAUUACUUAUUAUGGGAUUAAAAUCAUUCUUAUGCAAAUCUAAGAUGUUUUGGUUGAUUUCUUGGCUUGGUAUUAUUCUAGAUUAAGAUAUUUGGAUGAAAUAAUAGCCUUUUACCAAACGCUUAUAAAAUACAAAAAAAAAAAUAAGAGGAAUUUAUAAUUUAUUGUAGGUAUGAAAAUUCCCUAUAACAUCGAGCAUAUUCUAAACGUAUAUGUAAAAUGCCUUAAGUCCCAAAUAGUAAAUACUAUUACAUUUCGUAUUGAUGGUUGUGUAAAUAAUUAUUGCUAGAUUAGUCAUUUUUAAAAAAAAUUGGAUUAGAUUGAAAUUUAUUAUCGAUAAUGUGGUUAUUGGAGCUAAAAAGUAUAAAUGGUGAAUUUUUGAAUCACCAAUGAAACUUUUUCUUUCUUUUAAAAAAAUAAUUGUUGCGGAUAUAGACUUUUCAUCUUUAGGUAUUUUAGAUAUUUAACUAAAAAUGUGGCCUAAUAAUAAGUAUAAAAUAUUAUUAUUUUAGUAUUUUCUUUUAAAAAUGUGUUAAAAUAUUUCAAUUAUUUUAGGUUGUGACCGUGAUUUAAAUUAUUAGAAACAAUUUAGACAUAAAGACCAAAAAUGCUCGUCUUGUUUUUCGUAGAUUCGAUUCCCUAUAAUAAAAUUCGUUACAUUUUAGUCGAAAGAACUUUAAGAAUAUGAUGUCGCGGUACAGGGAAUAUAUUUUAUAUUGAAUGUAUAUUAUUUAA